AUGGCAAAACUCACUGAUGAUGCCGGAGAAACUUUUGAGAAUGUACCAUGUCCACUGUUUGAUGCUGGGAAUCAUGACAACUACUAUGUCCGCGACUUCGGACUAGGAAAAGUUGGUUUUAAUGAAUUCGUGAAAGUGUCGUAUUAUAAACCGAAGCAGGAUUUCCGCGGAGUUAAGACUGUCGUAUUGUACGAAGAGGUUCUCGGCUUAAUUCCCUGCGAUCCCGAUGAACCCGUGCUAAGGUUUUGUCUGUACCUCGACCGACAUCAAAUCAAGAAUCCAUGCAUUACGAAAUUACGCAAAAAUAUGCUAAACCAAUAUAAAAGGUGA